UUAAGUUCAAUUAGAUAGGACUGAUGUAGAUUGGUAAAGAAAGUUGUCAGUGAUAACUGAUACGUAGCCAGAGAAACGAGUAUUGGUAUGAGAUCUUGAACAGUGUCUGAAAAUAGUUCAGACCUCUUAUAUAAGGUGGAUACAAGUUGAGCAGCUAUUAUUUGGAAGAGUGCCGAAAAGAGGAAAACAAGUCAGAUUCUGAGACUCAGAGAUCAUGUCAAGGUUGGGAGGGGGAACAAACAAUUUCACUUUCUCAGUGGAGACUGCCUCCAGUUCCAGUAGUUCAGGGUUCGGGGACGGCCAACUGGAGCCCUAUCCUGCUUUAGAGUUGGAACUCCUCCGAGUCAGAUGGUAUCACCCUAAUCUGAACCGUCACGCAGCAGAGCACAUCCUACUGGGAACUGACAAGGUUGGGAGCUACCUGAUGAGGACCUACAGUAGAGGAGGACCUGACGACUUAACUGUCUCUGUCAAGUAUCCCGAGGAUGUAAAACAUUUCCCCGUGUUAUGGCAGGGGGAUGGCUACCUAUUCGGAAAACAUAAGUUCGACAAUUUAAGGAAACUUCUGGAACAUUUCGAAAACAUUCCCGCUAUCGGAACUGCAGACUUAGCGAGCACUUCCGGAGGUUAUCAAGUGGAACUGCGCUACCCCUACCCACGGGAGGUGCACACUGACGACAAGGAAACUUACAUGCAGAUCGAAGAGCACAUUGAGACCGGAGCUCGCCCGGUCGACAUUCACUCCCCCACCGGUCAACUCAGAACAAGUGACCCUGACUUUGAGAUAAGGAAAAAGUCAGGGUACCUAACUAAACGUGGAGAUAACGUCAAGAACUGGAAGAGCAGAUGGUUUGUGAUACAGAAGCACUGGUUACGGUACUAUGUUUCCAACGAGGCCACCAACCCAAGGGGUGUUGUUGACCUAUCUAAAGCUCUGGAUUGUAACGAGGACGAUUCUUUUAGCAACGGGUUCACGAUUACAGUCCGAAAGAGAAUAUACUACAUCCAGGCCGCCACACCAGAAGAUCGAAAAGCUUGGGUUGAAAUGAUUUGCUGGAAACUGGACUACUACAAUCCUUGUCGUUCAGAAGUUGAGAAACCGAAACCACUUACUUCCCCGAAAGGGAGAUGAUGAUAGACACUGAAAAGUUGCUUAAAAGACGACAAAGCUCCUGAUCUUGAUUAUUAUUAAGAUGGUCAGAUAAUUUAUCAGUAGUUAACUUAAAAC